AUGCGGAAGGAGGAAGGUGGAGCGGUGUCAGGUGAGUGAUUAACAGGUGCGCCAGGUAGACCUUCAUCCCGGAAGGAAAAAGACUAAAACAAACGACGCUACUGACAGACGGAGAGAUGGAGCAGAGGAACAUCCAGCAGGAAUUUGAGGAUCAGUUCAAUGAUGUGGUCUCCAGACUGCAGAGCAAGCAGUUAUUCCAGUCUGACUGGGACAUCGGUUCUUUUGCAGUCUUCUUCAUCUUCAUUGGAAUGGUUCUGCUGCUGGUCAUCCUGGUUCUCAUCCGCUGCUGCUGCUGCUGCUGUUGUAAUGAUGAGAAGAGCUCAGAGCCAACAGGUUGA